AUGGAGUCCUUAAAUGGUCUGCACAUGUACCACGAUGACGCAUCUCCAUAUCGACAUCAACAACAAAGGACAAAUUUGCGUCUGGAGAGAUCUGCAUCUUCACUCAUAUCUUCUCCGUCCAAUCGAACAAACAGCAAUCACCAAAAACAUCAACACCAUUCUGGCAGCAAUCACAACAACAACAACAACAUCAUCAUCAACAACACCAACACCAACAAAAGAGUUAUACUGAGUCGAAUAAUAUCGCACUCACGUCAUGUGAGUCGAACUUUGGAGCAGGACGAACUGCUACACAAUGACUCCUUUGACGAUCCUGGAAUCGAUUUCGAUGUUAACAAGCACCAAAUUUUAAGUAAUUUUGAAGAGUGGAUCAAGAUGUCCACUGAUAACAAGAUAAACUCCAAAAAUUCGUGGCAGUUUGCCUUAAUCGACUAUUUCCAUGACUUGAAUGUGAUAAAAGAUGGCGACCAAAUAAAUUUUCAAAAAGCAUCGGCAACUCUUGAUGGUUGUAUGAAGAUAUACUCAAAUCGAGUAGACUCUGCUGCCACGGAGACAGGGAAAUUGCUCAGUGGAUUAGCUACAAAGCAGGCCAAUGCGACCCAAAGGCGAAAUAACAAUCUUAACAACAAUAUAGAUGAGGGAGACGAAGCAAAUGGUGAAAAUAUACUAAAUGGUUACGCGAAUGGAAACGGAGAAGGUGGUAAGCAUAGUGGUGUUGGUGGUGGCGAGGGAGAUGAUGAGGAAGACGACGAGGACGAUGGCACUGGGAACAAGAAGAAACGGAAAACGAAUAGAGUGGUCGAGUCAACACUUGUUGAUUUUGAGACUAUUCGAUUAAAGAAGUUUGAUGAAGAAUUGUCGAUUGAUCCAUUAUUUAAAAAGGCCUUGGCUGAAUUUGAUGAAGGUGGAGCCAAGAGUUUGCUUUUGAACACUUUGAGCAUAGACUCCUCGGGAAGAGUAGUCUUUGAUGCCACUACAAAUCAACCAGCGCUGCCGAAGGACAAUAAGGAAAUAACAAAAAAAUUGGAAGCAACAGAACAGGAUAUAGAACAGGGUGCAGAUCCAGAGGCAGAUCCAGAGGCAGAUCCAGAGGCAGAUCCAGAGGCAGAUCCGGAAGCAGGUUCAUUAAAUUUCAACUUGGAUAGUCUCAAAGACCUUUUAUAUACCGAAGCAGAGGGUGUCGAGUUCAAAGACAAGGUUGUGUGUCCAUCUUUACACGAGUUCAAGUCAGCGCUUGAAGAUAUAAACAAAGCAAAGGGUAUUUUUUCUGACUUCAACACAAAGAUGAACGAACAAGAUGUUGAUGGGGAUGCAUACCUAAUGAAUGAACAAUACAUGGCAGGGGAUGAUAAUGACUAUGGGGUAGACUUUGAUGCAAGCGUGGAUGAUAAUGAUGAUGGUGCUAAUAUUGACCUUGGUGGUGCUUCAUUUCCCCAGGUAGAGGCUGACGUGAUCCAAGAUAUCCUCAAAGAUGAUAUUGAUCAGGACGAUGAUAUCACCAAGCUGUCGUGGCUAAAACAUUCAGCAGCUUUACUCGAUGAAGACUUGAUGAAUUACUUUGAUGAAAAGAUGAAAAGAAACUGGACGGGACCUGAGCAUUGGAAAGUAUCGGCUUAUAAAAAGGCAAACAAAAUGGAUGGAAAGGGUAAUAAUACAUCUACAGUUUCAUCCUCUACCGAUCCUGGCGCUGCCACUAACACAGUGCCAAAAAAGAAGAAGGUUAAUGCUGAAAUUGAGUUUUUUGAUGUGGAGAAUGAGGAUGAAGAUGUAUUAUUUAAGUCGCAUCGAGAUCCCAAUUUUAUCAACUUGAAACAAACAACAGCAUUUGACACGACGGACGCCGCAGAAUUGAAGGAAAUGAGGGAUAAAAAUUGUCUUCCUAAUGAUAUUCAGUUUACGUCCACGAGGCUAAUAAGCUUUUUCCAAAAGCCGCAGAUGAGAAUUUUCUCGUACCGCUUAAGCUCAAUGGCUCAUCAAAAGCGAUCGAAAACAUUGACAGACUCGGAGUUUUUCGCGGAGCAGUAUAAGCAAAGAGAAGAAUACCAAUUGAAGGAGAAACAACGUCUUGAACAAGAGGAGCAUGAAGCGCGACUCGCAACAUCUUUCAAUCAAGCAGAUUUUGAUGAUUUUGAUGACGAUUACAAUGGGUUAGAUUUUAAUGAUGCCUUGGAAGAUGUCAACAACAACAUGAACGGUAUUUCCAUGAAUGGCGAGGGCCUGCAAUCUCAAUUUUCUGGUGAAUCUUCCGCAGCAGCAGGUGCAGUGGGUGGUGCUUCCGGAUUGAUGACAAAGCGCAAGUCAGAGUAUGUAAACUUCUCAAGAGUGGCGAAAAGGGUUGAUAUCAAAUUAUUGAAAGAUAAUUUGUGGAAAGCCAUAAACGAAGGAAAGUAUAAUGAUGCUAGUGAUAAGGAGAGUAAACACGAGGAAAUGCAGGAAGAGAAUGUAAACCAAAACAUAGUAUUGACUCCUGAGCCUGAGUCAGCGUUGAGAAGCAUCAAGUUUGGCGAAAUCAUUAAAAGAAUUAAGGCAAUGUACAGACCCGAACAAUUUAAAGAAUUAUCAACGAGUUUUUGUUUCAUUUGUGUGCUCCACUUGGCAAACGAACACGGGCUACAAAUUAAAGGCAAUAAUGAAAACAAUAAUUUAGAAAUUAUCGGGUUCUAA